AAAAGAUUGAAUGAACUUUUAUCGAACUUUUGAGGUAAAAUUUAUAACUUUCAGUGGAAAAUUUUCACUACUAUUCUUAGUGUUUUUUAGUUCUGUUUAAAAAUUUUAUUUAUCUUUAUUGAAAGUAUCUGGAACUAAAUUAUCUAGACCGAUUUAUGUAUAAGCUAGUAAAGAGUUUUAAUUAUGUAAUGCCACUAAUCUAUUGGACAUCUCUUUUUCUUCUUGUUUCUGUUAAUGACUGGGAAAUAUACCUUUGGGAAUGACAUAUUUUAGUCUCGGUGCAUAUUUUUGUAUUAUGGCAUUUUAACUAGUCCUUCUUUAUUGCGGCCCCAAACAAAUAAUUGUAAAGUCAACAAUCCCUUAAUUUGCCACUUCUGGUGUCUAUAUAACUAACCCAAGAGGAUACAAAAUAGAGCUCCAAAAGCUUCUUCUGGGGAGAUGGUUAUGUGGUCCAUAUUAAUGUUUUUUUUGGGUAAAAGUGAUCCACAUUAACAUGUUUAAUCUUGGAAUAGGUCAGUGUAAUCAGAAUCACCCAAGUUUAUAGGGGGCUAAUGAGAAAAUACAGAUCUCAAAACCUCAUUUUCAUCAACUUGAAAACAAAAAUUCUCACAUUUUCACACUGCUCUAGUCUGUCUAUCUAUUCCAGAUUCCAUGUGUCAAAGCUCUAAAGCUUGUCCUUUACACACGUCAAAGCUCUAAAGCUUUUCCUUUAUACAUGAUAAAGUUUUUCUCCUACAUUUUCUAUCAUUUUGGUUGAGCAACCUAAGUUGGUGGGUUGCCUUUUUCAUUUUUACUCUUUCUUUUGGUUCCAUUUUCUGAUAAAAAUGGAUGAGUUUUUUGGUGGAAUGGAUGGCAGACUUAGAGUCUCCAUCACUGAUUCAACCAUGAUGUGGAUAGUUCACUAUGCAAUGGACAAAGCUCAUGAGAAAGUGAAGUCGAAAGAAGGAGAUAUCGAGCGUUUGAAUGAGAUAUCCAAAUUUUACGAGUUGGCAGUAAUGCAGCUUGAUGGGUGUAUGAAGUUUGUCCAAGAAGAGAUUGAUAACUACUACAUUCUUGAGAGCAGGCAUGAAGAGGUGCUAGCAGACUUGUCUGAAAUAAGGGACAGGCUUCAAUGCCGGCUUAACGAAUCAGAGUUGGCUAUAAGGGAGAAGGACAGAGAGCUAAAAGAGAGACUGGAGAAUGAGUUGAAGCUCAGGCAAGCAUUGGAGAUAAAAGAAAGAGAAUUGGAUUCUAUGCGUGCAAAAAACAAGCUUGGAAGGUCAAGGAGUGAGGGUGUUGAUCAAGAACAUGUCAUUGGCAAUUGGGCAAGUGCGGAUGAGAACAAAGAGGGUGAAUUUUGUGAGUUGAAGAAUUCUGUGGAUCAACAGGUUUGGAAUAUCAGACAGAAGCUUGAGCCUGAUAACAAGUUCGAUAAGGAAAAAGAUCAAGAAAAAAAGAUUGAACAGAUGGGUUCAGAUAUAGAUGUAUUGAAGGAAACUUUGGAUGUUGCUUUUGUGAAGAUGCAGAAUGCAAUCAUUUCAUCUGAGGUUGCUCCAAUAGAGCAUCAAUGGAUAUGGAGUAUUGAGAAAGAUACAAUCGCCAUCAUGCUUAAAGGUUUGAUGAUGGAUUUCCAGGAAGAUUUCGAAGCAAAAGUAUCGAAUCAAGAGAAGCAAGUACCCAUUGGAUUGGCUGAGUUUUGGUCUGAUUUGAUAAAUGAAGUUAAAGGCUUACGAAAUGAACUCGAGCCUCUCGUUCAACAAGAGGAGGUGCAAGUACAAAGUGUUGAUUCGUCUCAAACAGACCUCGGGUGCAAAAUUCCAAAUAAAACAUCAGAAAAGCAAUUAUCAGAAGAUUGUAGUCAUAGCAAGUCUAGAAAGUCCUCCAAUGGUGAAGAGUUGAAUGUGGAAAAGCUUGUCGAAGAGGUUUCUGAAGAGAAUGGAAGCCACCAUGUUGCUAAGAUGAUUAAAAAACAUCAGUCCAUUAUUCGGAAGAAAAGUGCAGAGGCAGAAGAGCUAAAUUGGCUGAAGAGAGAAAAAAUGUCUCCGUUUCAAAGAAGAGAAAAGGGUUCUGUCAGCCUCAAGAGAGAACUCCAAGAAGUUUUUGUUAAAUUGGACAAGUUAAUAGAUUGGGAUUCUAAGAUUGGUGAACAUUUUGAGAAUCACAGAAACAGCCACAAGGAGGAAACAAUUUUGGAACAAACAUUUUUGAAUUUUGAUGCAGCUGAUAAAGAAAAGUUGGGGAUUCAAAGUUGGCGAAAUGUUUGGGAGAAUAUAAAUAAAGUACCUUGUGCAGAAAAUGAAGAACUACCAAUCAAGAUGGGGUUGUUGAUGCAAGAACUCGAAGAAAUAAAUUGGAAAACCAUGAUGAUUGAAGAGACCUAUCUCAUUCUCUUUGAAGGUUUGCUAAAUGAGUUUUACAGUGAGUUAUAUAACUCUGACUUGCAAAACCUGAUAAGGGAAAGUAUAUGUAAGGAUUUCUUAACAGAAGUGGUCAAGCAGUGGCAUGAGAACACUGAAAGAAAAAAUGAUGAAUCACAAACCAGAGAAGAGAUAUACAGCAUUGUCUUAAGUGAGCUGAUUAAGGAUUGUAGCUCUAGUUAUGACUUCAUAUUAGCAGAGUGUCAGGGAGUGAAGGCGGAAAAUAAGGAUAUUGGAAGAAAGAAUGUUGAAGCCCAAACUAGAGAAGAUAUUUCUUGCAUUGUCUGCAGUGAGGUGAUUAAGGAUUGUAGCUCAAGUUAUGACUUAAUACUGGCUGAAUGUCAGGGAGCGAAGGCUGAAAGUGUUCAUUUCAAGGACUUGUAUACUAUAGAAAGUUCAGUAAGGGAGGAUAUGCAUGCAAUUCUCUUUAGGGAAAUUUUUAAGCGAUUCAAUGGAAGCAUGGAAAGCUAUAUUGUUAAAGAAGAGAUCUGUCAAAUUGUCUUUGAUGAGAUCAUCAAAAGCAUUGUUAACACCAACAGUUCUGUAUUAGUUGAUAAUCAAGUGGUAAAACGUCCAGACAAUUUUGAUGGUGGCUUUCCAUUUGCUAGCGAGUUUUCUCAAAGCACAGAAAGUUCUGUGAAGGAGGAUGUUUAUAUGGUUUUCAUUCAAGAAACUAUAAAGGAGUGGGAGAUGGAAUUAGAUGCUUACAGCGUGGAGAGUCUCCUUAGGGAAGAAAUAUAUCAAUUUAUCGUUUUUGAGACAGCAAAAAAUGCAUCUGGCUUUCCUAGAGAAGCUGAGUCUGAAGGUAAAGACAAACUCUUGGAAGGUAUGCUUUUUACUAACAAGUUACACAAACUUGAACAGGUCAGUCCAGAUGACCACCUUACUCAAAAGCUUGUGUCUAUAUUCAACUGUCUAAAAAUGGAGGAAGAUCUAGUGCUGAAUGCAUGCUAUGAAAUAAAAGAAUACAACACAAAAAUUGACCAAGUGGGCUUAGAAUGUGAAGUGUUGGAUGUGUAUCAAAUUUUGAAAAACAAAAGCACCUCCACUUCAGUAAGUACUAAGCUAGAGAUGGCUUUGCAGCAAUUAGUUAAGAGUAAGAAAAUAGUGGGUGAGUUAGCAUCCAGUUUAGGCAUAGUAAUUAGUGAUCCUGAUGAGGUUCAUACUCAUAGUACUCUUGUUAUGGAUGUUGUAGAAGACAGAGAACCCUCCUUUUGUCCACAGGAAGAAAAUGCAAAAGAGCAGUUAAACUUGUUCGGUUCUUCUAUGCUGAUCCUGGGAUUUUCACAAGCUUUGGUAGAUUUUGAGGUCACAGUGACAGAAAAGUUAGAGAUAAACAUUUUAAGAUUGGAAGAGAUAGAGCACCACUUAAAGCCUAUGAUUGAACUCGUUUCGACCUUAAGAAAAAAAGAAUCACUGUAUAGGCAAGCAUUUAUGACAAGAUGCCAGAAUCUCAAGAAGGCUGAAAUUGAGGUGGAUCUACUGGGAGAUCAAGUGGAUAUGCUUCUAGGCCUACUUGAGAAGAUACACAAUACGCUGCAUCACUAUUCACCGGUUUUACAACAAUAUUUUGAGGUCUCGGACGUCAUAGAGUUGAUGAAGGUGGAACUAAAUGGAGUUGCUUUUGCACAUAAACAUUGACAUAAAGAUCAAUAAGUACCAUAAAAUUGAUAAUCAUUUACUAAUUCAAUGUCCUUAGAAAUCCUUUUCUCUCUUCCAUUGUUACUUAGAGCGAAUUAUUUCAGUAGCCAUGUUUUUAUAAGUAAACAUUCUAGAUUUUCAUAAGAACAAGAUGGAAUGUUUUAAGAAAUAGCCGACAAUGUUUGGUAGAUA